UCGCGCAACAUUCCCUUUAUGUUUUCUACCAUUGUUGUUAUAUUUUCAAUAUUUUUAUUAGUAAUUUGAAAUAGCUGCAAAUUAAACGUCAAUGUUAAAACAGACGCAUCACAUCUAAAGCCUUGCGUUAGUAAAGCGGUAUCUCGCCAAAUUCUAAAGCCCGCUAACGACAGCGAGCUAGUUAAUGUUACAGAAGCCAACUGUAGUUAGCAGCUAGCAGCUAGCAGCUAGCCGUGCAGGUUCCUGUCAUUGCUUUGAUCGAAGAAGUUGUUCAAAGGAAAUAGAAACUUCUUUACUGAAAUGACGUCAGCUUCUACCAAGGUGGGAGAGAUCUUCUCAGCAGCUGGGGCUGCUUUCACCAAACUGGGAGAACUCACGAUGCAGCUGCAUCCGGUGUCUGACUCCAGUCCCGCAGGAGCCAAGUGGACGGAGACAGAGAUCGAGAUGCUUCGCAUGGCGGUGCGUCGAUUUGGAGAUGACCUGAAUAAUAUCAGCACUGUGAUCAAAGAGCGAACAGUGUUUGUUUUUAUGUGCAGAGCUCAGAUAAAGAGCACAGUGAAGAGGAAGCUGUACGAGGACAGCAGAGUCCCUAUUUCCUCCGAAUCCCCAAAGAAACCUGUGAAGAAAAGCACAGUGUCCAUGACGCCAGCUACGGUCAUUCCCACCAUGGCCUCUGUUCCAACCUCACAGGUCGUCAUGGCGACAGGAAUGCAGAGUAGCCCCUCUAUGGCCCCACCCAUCAAGAAACAAAAGACAGCAGACGUGACUCUCAGCGCUCUGAAUGACUCGGACGUCAACAGCGACCUGGUGGACAUCGAGGGACUCGGCGACGGCUCAUCCAACAAGAAGCUCAACUUUGACCAAGAAAGUCUUAACCUGGACUCCAGCCUCAUCAUGAACUCCAGUGACCUUCCCCUCCUCUCCCGCUGACCUUUGACCUCUGUGAAACAUUGAUGUGUGUCACGUUUUCAACAUGUAAACUCAUUUUUUUCGGACGUUCUUCUAUUACUCAAUGGACACAGUUCAGUGUUUAUACAAAACUAAUAUGCAGAGGUAAAAUGUUUCUGGGUUCCGAUUUAUCUGCUUUUAGAAAACACUGAAUGAAAUCUGUUCUCCAUCUGUGCUUAUUUUUUUAAUUUCACAAUCUGAUACAAAUGUAAGUCGAAGCACUGAAUGUUGUUCUAUGUUUCAUGACCUGUAAAACAACUUUAACAUAAAGAAACAGCAUCAGAGCAGAAAUUAGUGCUUAAAAUGUAUCUGUUCAAGCUAAUGACCAUCAUAUAUUUGACUGAUCUGUAAAAAUAAAAUAAACCUUCUUGGACGCUGCUGAACAUCUGAGUUGAACCAAAUAUG